AGCAACACCCAACCACAAAAUCCUUUCAACAGGGGUAAAAAAAUAAGAAAAGGUUUUUUUGCUUCAUAAAAGUAGCAAGCUGGCGGUACUACACCUAAUCUAAAGAUAUUUAUUUGUACCCGCUUUUCUGAGUUGCGAAGAUUAUUAGUGUAGAAAAUCGUACGUUUCCUGCGAGAUAUGGAUGAACAGCUUUACAACAACUUCAACCCGACGCGGUGCAAUGUUUGCUUCAGCCGGGCAACCGAGCAUCGGUUGAUGCUGGUGGGACAAAACUUACGCUACUGCAAGGGUUGUCGGUUGAUCGGAUACUGCGGAGAGCAGCAUCAGAAGGAAGACUGGAAAAAACACAAAGAUUUCUGCCGAGCUGUGACCAAAAUCUUGACGAUGAAGAACAUUCAGCACAUCCUUGAAGUGCGAGAAGAAUACGGUGAAAUUAUUGGGAGCACCCGCCGGGAUUUGGAGUGUACCAUAUCGCUGGCGGAGUGUUUGAUCAUUGCAAUACUGCAACGAAAACUACAUCAACACGAGUAUACUCUACUGCGCUUCCCGAACAUUUGUCGCGUGUGUUUCGAAUACGAUUCAUCCAAGUUGAAACCAUGUGAAGACUGCUAUCAAACAGUUUACUGCAGUGACGAGCAUCGGACGCACGACUCUGCGGACCAUGCCAGGUGGUGCGAAAUGUACCGGAUUAAUCUUUUGCUGGAUGCAGAUUAUCCAACACGACUCGAAACGCUCGGUUUUCCGAAACUAACCGAAUUUGAGCUAAGCAGAUUUCCAAAACAUUCCUUCGAGUUGGUGAAUCUAGCGUACAAAAUUAACAUUCCAUUCAGACCAGAAUCGGUGAAAAACUUCAACGAUCUUAAAUUCGUAUCGAAUUAUUCACACAUCGGUACAAUUCUUUAUGCGUUACAUCUUACGAACAUGAACCACGAGCUGCAGAAUUCCCUAGUAAUCUACGUAGUGGGGGCCGAAGAUGAAAUCGUCUAUUUCGACUACAACACCUGUUCUGUCAUUUUCACCUACAUUCCGCAGCUGCGGGAUGUGAUAAUCUAUUUUAUCGGGCCUUCGCUAGGUUCGAUUAAGGAUGAAAUCGAGCUGAAAUAUGAGGGCACUUGCUCGAUCAAGAUGCACUACUACAAAGGUCUGUUCCACUCGCUGGAACCAGUCGAACAUAUGGAGCGUCCUCAGAUCAUUGUAAGCUACAAUUGUGGAUUUCACGAGCAUAUUGAAUCAAGCAAAGACACGUGGUCCUCGACUCUGGUUCGGUUGAUCAGGUAUGUCAACAUUCCGAUCGUUUUCACGUCCUACACGCGAGCGGAAGCUUGUCAGGAUUGUGCAACCAUUUACAGUAUUAGUAAGCGAGCGAUUAAAAAGAAGGAUCUGGUGUUUGUGAAACGUGCCGCCGACAAUCCAUUCAAAGAUUACAAACCCCUGCGGAACACAAACUAUAUCGAUGACUAUGACGAACUGUAUUACUCGAAUGGGUACUUCUCGCUCGUGAUUAGUCGUGUACCCUAGAUGAUCGUACAGGGUCAGAAGGAACAUUCCUUUUGUUGAUGCAUUUUUGUUAACUUAUAUAAGUUUGGAUGGGCCGUUGAGGCAAUUUUAAGUAGGCAAUCGUUUUAGAUUAAUCGUUAAAGUGAAAUGAUUUUUAAAUGUUUCUUUUUAAUUUAUCGUACAAUAUUUUUUUGGAUUGACCGAAUCAAUGGAAUGAUUUAUAAGAACAUCCAUGUAAUUAAUUACCGUACAAUAAAAAAAACUUGGUUUUUCUGUUCUGAA